GUAACAUUUAAGAAUGUAUACAGUUGUAGCUGUUCUAUUUCUUUAAGGCAAUCCGGGUGCUUCUGACAUCAUCGAUUUUGGUCAAUGGUGCGUUGGGAGUAACGAGAGGGGGAGACAGAACUCUGAUAGAGACGGCCAUUCGUAUUGAAGCUUCACAGGGACUAUCAACAGGGAGUAUAGCCGAUGCUAAAGGAAAAUUGGGGUAUGAGAGCCACCAGAAUCCGUUCCCAUCCUUCGCUGCCCGGGGCCCAGUCUGACUGACAUCCUUCGGAUCAGCACCGCCACUGAACCACCUCUCGAAUAAACCUAAUAUCGUGUGAGUAGUGUACGGGGGAACCGACGAAACCAGGGGGGAAAGGGAACUUGAUUCGACCGAACCGGAGUCUUGUAUUCAGGAGCGUCGCAGAGGGGGAGGGGGCGGAUAGAGAUGGCUAUCACUGGAGAACAUAGGUGAACUUUCAACACCAUGGAUCUGAGAGUGGGGAACAAGUACCGACUGGGACGGAAAAUAGGGAGUGGGUCCUUUGGAGACAUUUACCUUGGUGCCAACAUUGCCACGGGCGAGGAGGUGGCCAUUAAGUUGGAAUGUGUGAAGACCAAACACCCACAGCUGCACAUCGAGAGCAAGUUCUACAAGAUGAUGCAGGGAGGAGUGGGGAUUCCCUCGAUAAAGUGGUGCGGGGCAGAGGGAGACUACAACGUCAUGGUGAUGGAGCUCCUGGGCCCCAGUCUGGAAGACCUCUUCAACUUCUGUUCCCGCAAGUUCAGCCUCAAAACGGUGCUACUGUUGGCAGACCAGAUGAUCAGUCGCAUCGAGUACAUCCACUCCAAGAACUUCAUCCAUCGCGACGUCAAGCCCGACAACUUCCUCAUGGGGCUUGGGAAGAAGGGCAACCUAGUGUACAUCAUCGACUUUGGCCUGGCCAAGAAGUACAGAGACGCCCGCACACACCAGCACAUCCCCUACAGGGAGAACAAGAACCUGACGGGCACUGCACGCUACGCGUCCAUCAACACCCACCUGGGCAUCGAGCAGUCUCGGCGUGACGACCUGGAGUCUCUGGGAUAUGUCCUCAUGUACUUCAACCUGGGCUCUCUGCCCUGGCAAGGCCUCAAAGCCGCCACAAAGAGGCAGAAGUACGAACGCAUCAGCGAGAAAAAGAUGUCCACCCCCAUCGAAGUGCUCUGCAAAGGAUACCCCUCCGAGUUCUCCACCUACCUGAAUUUUUGCCGCUCGCUGCGCUUUGACGACAAGCCAGACUACUCAUACCUUCGUCAGCUCUUCAGGAAUCUGUUCCACAGACAAGGCUUCUCCUAUGACUACGUAUUCGACUGGAACAUGCUCAAAUUUGGUGCCAGUAGGACAGCAGAAGACGGUGAGAGGAGGGGAGCUGACGAAAGGGACGAGCGUAUUGUAGGAGGCCCUCGGGGAUCUGCUGCACGGGGUCUCCCGCCAGGGCCAAACCCACCAGCCGUCAACAGAGUUAGGAAUGGACCAGAGCAGGCCAUCUCUAACUCCGCCUCGCGGGUGCAGCAGUCUGGGAACACGUCGCCGCGGGCUAUCUCUCGCGCUGAGCGUGAGCGGAAGGUGAGCAUGCGGCUCCACCGAGGAGCCCCCGCAAAUGUGUCAUCCUCUGACCUUACAGCCCGUCUUGACCAAUCCCGAAUUUCCACAUCGCAGGUCAGCAUGCCAUUUGAGCACCUGGGGAAGUGAAACAUUCAGUUCCACAUGCACUGGAUACUGACAGGGCUUCAAGAGAUCCUUUGUCCCAGUUUUGUUUCUGUUGUGAAUUUUUGCUAAUUGGACAAAUAAGUGGAUCUUGGAGGAAAGGACAGAGAAUCAUAAACUGAUGAAAGGAUGGCAGUUGGUCAAGGACUGCAGGACUUUCUCCCCUCCACCCUAACUUUGAUGGGAUAAACCUGGCCUGUAAUAGUACGAGGAUAAGAUAGUGAAUAACACCCUCUUCUCCACUGACCUAUUUACCCCAUGGUAGCUUGGAUCAUGCACCCCCUGCCAGACACCUUUGUCCCUCCCCCACUAUUCUCUGGGUGGCUGGCAGGUGGAAGACUGAUUUGGGGGUUGAAAAAGACAAGCUGGUGCUCCUUUGCCAAAUAUAGUUGCGGGCACAAACGCGUUCCAAACCAAGAAAAGGUCAACUCGAAAUUUGGGCUUGUGUGGAUUUAGCCAUUUCUGUUUACACCGCAAAGACAACACACACAAAUGUACCCAUGUAUGUUUUAACCAGUUAAUUUAUAGAAUAGUAAGGGGCUGUACUAAUUGGUAUGAUUUACUGUGCAUAUUUUGUGAAUAGAUCAUAUUCAUUUGGUGGGGGUCCUAUUGAGGCUUGGGCAAUUUUACUUUCUUAUUUGAUGUUUUAACUCAGAAAGGAAAGGUACAGCUGAAGAGAAGGAAUGGUGAGAAGGAUGGAGAGAUGGGUGGGUGGUAGAUGAAGUCAUGAGAAGAAAGGAAGAGCAAGUGAACAUUAGCUGAAAUUAUGUUGGGUUCUUUUCCCCUACUUUACCUCUUACUGAAUUGCUAAUUCUCCACUUUAGCCUAGCAUUUAGGCUACUUCAACCCACUUUGGAACUGAUGUUGUCCAAAAGCCAACACCUCACACAAUGAUUGAGGUGGACAUGCGUUUUCUACCCUUCUCCUGCUUUUAUUUAUUCACCACCUCAUCCACACUUGUUUUUUUAUCCUCCCUUUUUGCCCACUUUGGUCUCCUUUUGAUUUGUGUUCUUUGGUCGUAAUAUUUGGUAGGUUGGUAAGGUCAAAGCAACCAUGCUUAUUUUAAGACUGUGCAACACUCUUAAGACAUGGGAGAAUCACAAGCUUUCUUAAUGUAUUUGACCAGAGACUGCGAUGAACAAGUUGGCAAAUGAUGGUGGCUAUGAUUUUCAUGAUUUUUCUUAACGCCAACUUUUACAUUUUAUUUUAAUGUUUUUCUUUUUGUAGGUCUGAUGGGAAUGGAUGAGCUCUGUACUUGAUUGAAGGGGGGGGUGGUGCAUCAAGUGCAAUGGCUUUCUUUUUUUUUUUUUUUUUUACUUCACUGUAAAUAUUUUUUAUUUCUGUGUAAGCCAAAAUGUGGUUGGUUGUUUUUAAGGUGUAAUGUAGAAAAAUAAAUGCAUAAAUUGCAGCUGGGGAUCAGUAUUUUUUUUAAUAUAUAUUAAGUACUAAAUUGGGAGGAAUUUUAGAAACUUUUACAUCGCCAACUGGGUUGUGUGUGUGUGUGUGUCGUCAGAAGUGUAGGUCUGGUGCAUGGACUCUCAGAAUUCCAUAGGUCCCCUGUUAAAAUCACAGGGCUGCUGGGGACAAACUGCAGGCUAUACAUUUCUCAUGCCUCAUUAUUUGAGAUUGUCCGUCUCACUGUUCUUUUUCCGAUACUCCAUUUUGUUUCUCUUGUGUACGAGGAAGCUCUUGGAAGUAUUGCACUUUGUUUUUCCUAUUUUAUUUCCAGCAGUUUGUUCAUAGUCUGUUGAGAAUUUGUCACUACUCUUACCCAUCACUCCACUCAAAGCCUUUCCUGGAGGACCUGAUAUAGGACCUGAUAUAGGACCUGAUAUAGGACCUGAUAUAGGGCUGUCUACUUUCUUUUUUUUUUCUUCAAAAAAAGCACUCUUGAAAAAGGAGAUGUUGACGUCAUCGGCGCCUUCUAUUGCAAAAUAAGAGGUCCCUGGAUGUCAUUUACCACCACCCUUGAUGUCAUUGAUAACUGGGACUCGGAUGCAAUCACAGUGAUGUCACAGUUUCUGGUAAUGACCUGUGUUUGCGACGUGUCCCUUUGGCAAGCCAGUGUGACCCAGUGGCAAUGUAACUACGGGGAGGGAUAGCGCUGGUCAGGCUAUGGGGAGUAUACACCUUAUGUAUUGUGUACUGAUAUCUUGUACAGUUCUUUAACACACUAACUUUAUUUACAACAGUAUUUGUGUAUAUUUUAUGACGUAAUAAAAAAAUAGAAUUUCCUCACUA